AUGGCGUUGGGAAGUUCUAGCCUAAAUUCUUCCUCCUUCCUUCUCACGGGAUUUUCUGGCCUGGAGCAGCAAUAUCCUUGGAUCUCCAUUCCCUUCUCCACUAUCUACGCCAUGGUGCUUUUGGGCAACUGCCUGGUGCUGCACGUGAUCCGGACUGAGCCGAGCCUGCACCAGCCCAUGUUCUACUUCCUGGCCAUGCUGGCCCUCACUGACCUGUGCAUGGGGCUGUCCACGGUGCACACGGUGCUGGGCAUCCUGUGGGGGUUCAUUCGAGAAAUCAGCCUGGAUACGUGCAUUGCCCAGUCCUACUUCAUCCAUGGUCUUUCCUUCAUGGAGUCCUCUGUCCUCCUUACUAUGGCCUUUGAUAGGUAUGUCGCCAUUUGCAAUCCACUGCGGUAUUCCUCCAUUCUGACUAAUUCCAGGAUUUUCAAAAUCGGGCUCAUCAUAGUGGGUAGGAGUUUCUUCUUUAUUACACCCCCCAUCAUCAAUCUGAAAUUUUUCCAUUACUGUCAUUCCCAUAGCCUCUCUCACUCGUUCUGCCUACACCAGGACCUUCUGCGUCUAGCUUGCUCAGACAUCAGGUUUAAUAGCUACUAUGCCCUGAUGUUGGUCAUUCUCACGCUGUUGUUGGAUGCUGUUCUCAUCCUUUACUCCUAUGUGCUGAUUCUUAGGGCAGUCCUGGCAAUUGCCUCUCAGGAGGAACAGCAUAAAUUAUUUCAGACCUGCAUCUCCCACCUGUGUGCUGUUCUCGUGUUCUAUAUCCCUAUCAUUAGCUUAACAAUGGUGCACCGUUUUGGCAAGCAUCUCUCACCUGUGAUCCAUGUACUUAUGGGCAACAUCUACAUCCUUUUCCCACCUUUGAUGAACCCCAUCAUCUACAGUGUCAAGACCCAGCAGAUUCGGAGCAGAAUGCUCAGACUCUUUUCUCUGGAUAUGUGUCAAGAUGCCUAG